CCCUCCUCCUCCGCUUUGCUUAAUCGCGUUCGCCUCUCCUCGCCUCGCUUAUUAGUGCUAAUAAAUCUUCUCCCGUAUCAAGCUCUCGCUUCCUAGAUAUUCCCAAGAAUCUUCUCCUCUUCUUCCAUUGCUCCCUCCCUCCCUCCCCAUCCCGCUCGGAUUCGUCUCCGGUUCGGUCUCUUCUCGUCUCUGCUUCAUCUCUUAUCCUCUUUCCUUCCCCUGCUCCGACCAGGACUCUGCAGCAGCAGCUGUUGCAAGAGAGGGAGAGGGAGAAGAGCUAAGGCUUGCGCGGCAGCGGCAUGUGCGUGGAGGAACUCGACGGCACGGAGAGGCUCGAUUUUGGGAAGGCGGAGGAGGUCGAGGCGCCGGCAGAUUUCGCGAUGGAGAAAGUUUGUGAGAGCUCAGCAUCUCUUGACUUCAAGCAGACUAAGUUGAGCAGUUUUCUGCCGGUUAUCCGGUCAGGGGAUUGGUCUGAUAUUGGAGGCCGCGAUUACAUGGAAGAUGCCCAUGUCUGCAUAUCAGACCUAGCUAAGAAUUUUGGUCAUAACAGGGUGGAUGAUGAAAUCAUAUCCUUUUAUGGGGUCUUUGAUGGGCAUGGUGGAAAAGAUGCAGCUCAUUAUGUGCGUGAUAAUUUGCCGAGGAUUAUUGUGGAAGAUGCUGACUUUCCUCUUGAGCUUGAGAAAGUAGUGAGGAGGUCCUUUGUGCAAACUGACAGUCAAUUUGCAGAGAGGUGCUCUCAUCAGGAUACACUUUCUUCUGGAACAACAGCACUUACAGCAAUGAUUUUUGGAAGGUCUCUUUUGGUUGCUAAUGCUGGUGAUUGCCGAGCAGUUCUGUCAAGGCGUGGUACGGCAAUCGAAAUGUCCAAGGACCACAGGACUUGCUGCGUCAACGAAAGAAAGCGUAUAGAAUCACUCGGUGGCUUUGUCGACGAUGGCUACUUGAAUGGUCAGUUAGCAGUCACUAGGGCACUAGGUGACUGGCAUCUCGAGGGCCUGAAAGAAAUGGGCGAGCCAGGCGGCCCCUUGAGCGCAGAACCAGAGCUCAAGAUGAUCACGCUGACGAAAGAGGACGAGUUCUUGAUAAUAGGAAGCGAUGGCAUCUGGGACUUCUUCUCGAACCAAAAUGCUGUGGAUUUCACGAGGAAAAGGCUCCAAGAGCACAACGACCUGAGGUUGUGUUGCAAGCAGAUCGUCGAGGAGGCGAUAAGGAGAGGGGCCUCGGACAACCUAACGGCGGUGAUGGUCUCAUUCCACCAGGAGGCCCCUCCUCAGCUCAGAGUGAACAGGAUGGGGAGGGUCGAGCGGAGCAUAUCAGCCGAAGGGCUCCAUAGCCUCAGGGUGCUCCUGGAAGGGCAAUGAUAGCUCCACUGCUAUCAGUCUUGAUGCUGUCCAGAAUUUGAGAGGAAACUGUAUGUAGUGAUUUCGGCAUCUUGCAGCUUGUUUUAUUCAACCCAUCCAUUGUCGACAUGCCAGUGUGUGUUCUUGUGUGAGAAUAAAACCAACGAACCUGAGAUCUCACUUUCCAUUGUGAGGCUCAGGCACUGUAAAUAAGUUGGGAGAUAGGUAAGAAGUGUGAGUAUGUGCAUCCAGGGGGCUUUGAGGCUCAUUAUGCGAUGUAUUGCCCUGUCUUCUGUAAAAAAAUAAAUACCGGGAUUGUUAGUGUGAUUGAAAGUUCUAUCUGUAGCAUGAACUCCUCUUUGGCUGUUCA